AGGACCAGUGGCGCGUCGUUUUCGUUUUCAAUAUACGAUUGGGUUUUCAAUAUGGCGGACUUAAACGCGGCCAGUCGAUUUGAAAAAUCGUUAGGUUUGUUGACAACACGUUUCGUCAAUCUAUUGCAAGAAGCUCGCGAUGGAGUGUUGGAUCUGAAAGUGGCUGCUGAUACUUUGGCCGUCAGACAGAAACGGCGAAUUUACGAUAUAACAAAUGUUCUAGAAGGCAUAGGAUUAAUAGAAAAAAAGAGCAAGAACAGCAUUCAGUGGAGAGGGGCAGGCCCUGGAUGCAAUACCCAAGAGAUCGGAGAAAAGCUUGCUCAGUUGAGGAAUGAAGUGGCAUCCUUAGACACAUUAGAAAAAAACUUAGACCAGCACAAACAGUGGAUACAGCAAAGCUUUCGUAAUACAAGUGAAGAUAGUGUCAACAGUCGAUUAGCGUACAUCACUCAUGACGAUCUUUGCUCAAGCUUUGAAGGUGAUACAUUAUUAGCCAUCAGAGCACCACCACAUACUCACCUAGAAGUUCCCAUUCCAGAAGAAGAUCAGAUUCCCUUACAGAAACGUCAGUAUCAGAUACAUCUGAAAUCACAAACAGUUCCCAUUCACGUCAUGCUGGUGAAUAAGGAUAAUGAAGGCACUAGUCCGAUUGCUGUACCUGUACCUCCCCCGAAACGGUUCUUAACGGAAACACGGCGUUCGCCAAGAAAAUCUCAGUCCCAAGAUCAACAAGAACCGUCUCUUAAACCUAUGCAGUCAACUGGUGCUGAUGCGGAGGACGCUGAAAUGGAAGAGCUUGUGUCCGAUUCGUUCCUCAGGUUGAGUCCGCCUCCCAGCGAGCGGGACUACUAUUUUCAUCUUGAUGAAAAUGAGGGUCUUACGGAUUUGUUCGAUAUGCCCAUCUCGUCUUUCUGAUCCUGCAUGCUGCUCAGCAGACUUUAGCGACGUCUGUUACACGAGUGAUGACUCUAACCUGUUCUCUUUCCCCUACCUACUUUGGCACUGGUGUGGUUAGCAGCUACAGAAAAAGCUCACCGUUUGACGCAGCGUUAAGUUCAAAUUCAACCCUGUUGAAAAUUAAUUCAUCGACUUGUUAAAUGAAGUAUCCUGUCAGUUUUCUUCCUAUCACCAUCAAAUGAUGUUAUGUGCUGUAUGUUAGGAAAAAUCCUCAUCAAAAUGAAUACAAAUGAAUAGAACCCGA